UGGUCAGUCGGUCGAUUGCGUAGCUAUCGCUCUAUCUCUCUGCGCCCUCUCGUUCUUCUCUCUGUCUCGACUGUCAAUAAAGCUCCACCGCAUACGUCAUCAUUGAGUAUCGGCGGCGGCAGUGAAGCGACCUCUCUUUGUCUUGUGCUUUUUCGUUUUUUGAUUUUUUGCUCAGUUUUGUUUUGCUUCGCUCUUCGGUUGCCACGGAAACUUGUGCUGAAGAGGGAAGAAAGGGGAAACAUGAGCAGCCAAUUUGAUGUGUUCGAUGUGGUGGCGGGCGACAGUGGCCCCCAGCUGCAGGCCUUCCGCAGCAGUAACCCGUCCGAUGACGCCUAUCAGGCACCUGCGAUGCCCAAACAGGAUCGCCAGCAGGAUGCCAACCAUUUGCCAUUGCAACUGCUGCGGCGAGCCAGCGAAACGGUGACCGCCAGCAUUCUUGCCGAUUUGGAACCUGAAAAGGAGCAUCUGCUGGGGGAAUCAACUGGGAUUAGGUCCAGCAAGGAGCGCCCCCAGCCACCGCCGCGCAGCCAUGGCCAGUCAUCGUUCAAGGGAAAGCAAAUCUCUGUCCCCAUGCUGCCAGAAGCUAAGCGCAGCAGACAGCAACAAAAACAGAGGCAACAGCAGCAGCAGCAGCAGAAGGCUGACAACAUGACACAGGAUCAAGGCAGAAACGGCAGUGGCAACGGGAACGGCAACACUGCGCCACAGGACACACAGAGUGGCAACACUGCCCCGUCGCUGCAUACGAAAUUAGACAUACAAAAAUUCCCGGAAGACUACAACAAAGCGCAGACGGAUGGCAAUGGUGUUGGUGUCGGAGCGGGUGCGGGUGCGGGUGCGGGCGAUGCCACACAAAACGCUGCAACAAUAAUUUUAACGCCGACAUCAUUAAAUUUAACAACAAAUACAACACAAAAUGUUGCCGGUAACAAUGCGGGAGCCCGAGCCCUGCCCGUUCCCAGUGGAGGAGGAGGAGCAGGAGGCCAGAGCGAGGAAUACAAAGGACCCAAGUGGUGGCGUCACUUGGUGCUGCAUUGGCCCCAGAUUGCCGAGCAUGUCGCCCUGCUGGUCAUCUUUCUGGGUCUCUGGGCGAUGGCCUGGAUUCUGCUGAGGGAAUUCUCGCCGCCUCAGACAGUCAUCAUGCGCAUAGCAUUCCUGUUUGUGGGAGCCCAGAUAUCCGGCAUUCUGGUGACAUUCGUGCACUUGCCCGACAUGCUGGGCAUGCUCUUCUUUGGCGUGCUCUAUGCCAAUUUGGGGCUGGCCAACUUUGACGGCUACCAGGGAUUCGAGCUGUUUCUGAGGGAAAUGGCCCUGAUCAAUAUCAUGCUGCUGGCCGGCCUCGGACUGGACGGGGAUGCGUUUAAGCGCCUGUGGUUUAUGAUUCUCCGCCUAACGCUGCUGCCCACGAUUGCCGAGGUGGCGGCCAUUGCCGGACUGGCUUACCUCACCCUCUCGAUGCCCUGGCUCUGGGGCAUUACCUUGGGUUUGGUCAUCACCGCCAUCUCCCCGAAUGUGGUGGUCACCGUCAUGCUCAAGCUGAAGGAGGAUCGUCUGGGCCUGAACAGCGGCAUACACACCCUCAUCUACGCGAUGACAACCUGCAACGAUGUGGUGUCCAUCUUCAUGUUCGGCGUGAUAAUCAGCGUCAUCUUCUCCACAACCUCGCUCACCCAGCAAGUGCUGCAGGGACCCAUUGGCAUUGGAAUUGGACUCGUUUUUGGCUAUCUGUACGGCAUGAUGCUCCAGUUCUUGCCAUCUCGCAAUGCGACGUACGCAAAUGGCCUCCGCUUCGUACUGACCAUCUUGGGCGGCACCAUCGCCGUGAUGGGCAGCCGCGUCAUUGGCUAUACGUCGGCCGGUGCCCUGGGAUGUGUAACGACUGCCUUUAUUGCGAGAAUUGGCUGGAGGCGGGAGGAGAGCAAGCUGACACCGCAGCAACUGCAGGCCCAUCAGAUUGCGAGUGUCCCCAAGCGACUGGAUCUGCUGUGGAAGUUCCUCAAGCCCGUCUCGUUCGCACUCAUUGGCAAGGAAAUUAAUUUCAACGUGCUGCAGGGCCAUGUAAUCGGUUAUGGGGCAUUGCUGGUGCUGGUCGGAAGUUUGUUUCGCUUGGGUUUUGCAUAUUUAUCCACAUAUGGCGGAAAUCUGUCGAGAAAGGAACGUGCCUACAUUACAAUUUCCGGUUUUCCCAAAGCAACUGUCCAAGCGGCACUGGGUCCCGUGGCACUGGAUCUGGCACGUGCUGCCAGCGUGGCCAACGAAGCGCAGCUGGCCCUGGCGGGCAAUGUGCUCAUCAUCUCAGUGCUGGCGAUUAUAUUCACGGCGCCGCUGGGCGCCAUCCUCAUGCUGCGGCUAGCACCGCACUGGCUCAAACAUGGCGAUGCAGUGGAGGAGGCCAACGAUGCUACCACUCCCACUCCCACCGUGCCCGAGGCCCCCCACAACGCACACAAAAGGGCAUAGACGGUGAGCUGUUGCUGCUGCAGGCGUAACGAUCUUGCCCCGGAUCUGGAUGCCAUUAGGCUUAACUCUCUCCCGCAGCAAGUCGUACUUAUAUACCUCCCAACCUACCUACCCCUAGCUGUACUUAUACUUAUGUGCGUGUACUUAUGUCGUUGCAAAUACAAAGUGCAAAUGAAAAUAAAACUAAACGC